AUGUUAUCAACAAGGCAAUGUGUUUCAACUUAUAGCAUGUUAUUCAGGAGAUUCUAUGCAUCCACGAGUACCUUUACACUACGUGAUUACCAAAAUGAAGCUAUAGAUUCCGUAUUGGCCGCGUUGAACCGAGGAGUCAAAAGACCAGCGGUGGUGCUUGCCACCGGAGGUGGAAAAACGGUGGUAUUUUCACAUCUUUUGCCUCAUAUAAAGCCGAACGUGUUGCUGGGAGGCUCUAAAGUACUUGUACUAGCUCACAAAGAGGAACUCAUAAAACAGGCGGCCGAUAAAAUUCAAUUUGCAAAUCCACACCUUGAAGUGUCAAUUGACAUGAGACGACUAAAGCCCACUUCUACUUCAGAUGUGAUCGUGGCAUCAGUACCGACGUUGAUACGACAGACCCGGCUUGAAAAGUACAAUCCAGACGAAUUUAAGGCGAUUAUAUUGGACGAAUGCCAUCACGCAACUGCUCGUUCAUGGAAUAAAAUUCUCCACUAUUUCAAUGCAGAUACACCAAAUCUGGAUAUAGCUGUUAUUGGCUUUACUGCUACAAUGGAACGGAGCGAUGGUCAGUCUCUUGGUGCAAUGUUUGACGAGAUAGUCUUUGAAAGAGACCUACUCACUAUGAUAAAAAAUGAAGAGUUGGUGGAUGUUCGAUUUUCCACCAUCGAUGUCGACGUCGACUUGAACUCUGUGGCUAUCAAGAACAACGACUACGACAGUGUCGACUUAUCAAGAGCGAUGAACUCAUUUGACGUGAACCUAUUAGUCGCUCGAUCUUACUCUGAGCUCAGAAAACGUUACAGUUUUGCAUCUACCUUGAUAUUUUGCGUCGAUAUAAAUCAUUGCAAAACCCUUUGUGGUGUGCUUCAAUCUCAGGGAAUCAACGCUCAAUACGUAACUGGGGAGACAGCAAAACAUGAACGGCGAGCCAUCAUAGAAGACUUCAAAAACGGCACGAUCAACGUCUUGUGCAAUGUUCAAGUUUUCACCGAGGGUACCGACAUACCCAACAUCGACUCUUUAUUCUUGGCUCGUCCCACCAAGUCGAGGCCCCUCCUUGUACAAAUGAUUGGACGAGGCCUUCGUUUGCACGGCAAUAAAUCACUCUGUCAUGUAGUUGAUAUUGCUGGAACUCGAAACACUGGAGUCACUUCCGUUCCCACGCUUUUUUCGCUCCCAUCAGAUUUCACCAUUGAUGGACGCUCGUAUGAAGAUAUGGUGAAGGCAAGGGAGGAGUAUGAAUUGGAAGCAGCCAGGUUGAGCAGAGAGGAAGCCAUUGAGAAAGAAAGAGCCCGCAGAGAAGAAGAGGUUGCAAUAUCCAGGAAGCUAGAAGAGAUAGCUACUAUGGAACACAAUCUUGAAUUAAAGUUCAAAACGUUUGAUGGGUUUCUUGAGUUAGAAGCAUCUGAAUCGAAAAAAUUUGGAGACAAUUCCAAUGUCAAUUCGGCUAUUCGCAACAAUUCUUUGGACUGGAUUAGACUCGAAUAUGAUGUUUGGGGUCACCAGCUAGACAUGGACGGUUUCUACUUGCUAGAGCGUCUGUAUACGGGAAAGAAGGAAGAACCAUACUUCUCGUUAUCUAUAAUGCGAUUUGCAUCGAGAGAGCAGAAAAUAGCAAGUAACUACAAAUGUGGGAAAUUUUCCAACAAAUCGGUCCUUGACAUAAACAAGAACCUCGAGACAAUACUCAAGCGUGCUGAAUCACUUCGCUCGCAAAUGAAAAAGACAAAUUAUUAUAUGGCUCGAAAAGGUGAUUCAAAUAUUACUAGCAACCAAGUUGAUUUUAUUUGCAAGAAACUCAAGGCAAGAGCUCGUGAUCAGUAUGCGAGCACACAGGAGGAUUAUGAAGAGAAGCUUAAGGCGGAGGUUCUGAAAUUUGACAGAACAAGGGCUACAAAUUUAAUUUUUGCAAUCAAGUAUUCACUGAAAUCCUUAUGGGUGAAUUGGGAACUUCAGCGAAUUCUUGGCUUGGGAAGCAAGGUCCGGCUGCGAAUUCGUACGAUAACAAAGCAAGCAACAAUGGCUUAG